CCAUUUGCAAUAUCCCCGACCCCAACAGCUUCGGAAAUCAAUUCUAUUUCUCUCUCUAAAGGUACCCACAAGACGUCAAUUUCUGACCGAACUGGCUAACCCUCAAGAAGCUCUGGAGGAUUCCAGCAAUAAGAGCGUGGUGCUCCAGCUCUACCAUGCCCUAAGCUGCCGCGACGUCGACACCGUCCACAAGCUCUUAGCACCUGACCUCGAGUGGUGGUUCCAUGGCCCUCCGUCUCACCAGUAUAUGAUGCGAUUGCUCACCGGAACCGACAACGACAACACCGACUCCUUCGAAUUCGUUCCUCUUUCCAUUGACGCGUUUGGAUCUACAGUCAUCGUCGAAGGCUGCGAUCAGGAUCGCGAAAUCUCCUGGAUCCACGCCUGGACUGUUAACUCGUAUGGCAUAAUCACUCAGGUACGGGAGUACUUCAACACUUCCCUCACUGUCACUCGUUUCGGUACUACUACUACUACUAACUCUUCCAAAUCCCGCUCCAUUACUUCGCUCCAUUGUCCUUCUCUUUGGGAGAGCACCCUCUCUAAUCGGGUCGGAAAAUCUGUCCCGGGUUUGGUAUUGGCCAUAUAGUAAAACGGGCUGAUCUUCUUUAUAUUAAAUAAAUACGUGUCGUGUGCUUGCUUGAAUAAAACAAUAAUAAAGUCAAAGUCAAGAAUUUGGAGCGUGGUGUGAUUUCCUAUGGGUUGAACUACCGUGGUAUCUUGCGUCUGAGAGGAUGUAAAACGUGCGGCUGAGAUUCGUGUGGAUACUGUUUGGCCAUUAGCUUCUUUCUAAUUGGGUCUGUUUGAUUAUUAGUUUCCUUUUGUGUGGUUUGUGUUUGGGCUUUUAUUGUAAUCCACUAAUCCUAAUCCAAGAUGGGGAUAUACUUCUGUUCCUAUCCUUGGUUAUUUUCUGUUGUUUUAAUAAAAAUGCUUUAUAUUGAUUUUCUAUUAA